UUAGGCAAUUUUUUUUUGCAGUUAUUUAUCGAGAAAGUGGCAUCAAGGAGCUGAAACCUAUGGGCGAGAAUGGAAAGUUGGCGACAUUGUUGGUAGUUUUUUGGACCUCAACGAUCGAACUAUUGCUUUCUCGUUAAAUGGCGAACUAUUACUUGUUAAUGAUCCAUCUGGUUCGGAAGUAGCAUUUGAUAAUGUAAUAUCUGGUGAUGGAUUUGUGCCCGCUAUGACGUUAGGAGCUGGUCAAAAAGCUCGUUUAAAUUUCGGACAAGAUUCCAAUACUCUCAAAUAUUUCACAACUUGUGGUUUGCAAGAGGGAUAUGAACCAUUUUGCUUAUUCUGCAGCAAUAUGUAUCGGCAAAUGCCAAUGUGGUACGCGAAAAGCUUGCCACUUUUCACAGAUAUCGAUGCAGGUUCAACAGUUGAAGUUUAUCGCAUUCCUGCUACUGGGAACAGUCCACCGUGCCUGAAAAUAUCACAGAAGAUUGAUACGAGUGACACUUCAUCAAUGGAAAAAGCGAAGAUGGAAUAUAUCCGUUUGUCGCUUCCUGUUAGAUGUCAUAAAACAUUUUCCAAAGUUAGGAACAAAGAGGCAAUAAUGCAAGCGAUACGUGAUAUUCAGGAGCGUAUGGCACAUGAAAAGAUAGGAAUGCCUUCUAUUAGACCAAUUACGAUUCCAAAAGAGUUUGAGGAUUCCAGAUAUGCUCAAACUAAAAAAACACAUGGAAAAUCUCUUUUGAAUACCUUCAAACGCAGCACAGAAGAUGAGGAUGCUGAAUCAUCUCGCUCAAAACCAAUAUCUUUGGACGAGACUCAUGAUCUUGUUGAACGUCCUGGCUUGGGGCAAGAAGGUCAUAAGAAAAAAGAAAUCGAAAAGAAAAGUAGCGAACCUAGCGGCAUUGCACGAAGCACUUCAAGUUUUGAUGGAACGUCCGAUGAAGCACUUAAUGUAGCCACAACUCCACUGAAAGACUUGUUUCGCAUGGUUUUAUGGUUCCAAAGAUAUAAAAAUAUGAUAUGUUCUUUUCAGAUUGAUGAGUUUUAUUAUGCUAUAAGAAUAUUCCCUGGUCAGGACCCCGCUAAUGUUUGGGUUGGUUGGGUAACACCAAAAUUUCACUACUAUUCAGCUAGUUUUAAUCUGGGCGAAAGUGUUCGGCGAUGCAAGUUUCAAUAUGCAGCUAAUGACGAUCCGGCUGAUGACAGCUUAGAAUAUCGUAAUUGUUAUGUGAUGAAUGCAGCUGAACUAUUGCAAGCUGUGCCUGAUGCAGCUAAUACGAAAGUCACUGGUCUCCUAAUUGGUUGCAUCAUAGACACCUCCAUUGGCGAAUUAUCAUUCCUUGCUGCUGGUCAGGAUACUGGUAUACGUUUCCAGCUGGACCCUGGAGCUAUGCUUUAUCCUGCUGCAUUUGUUGCACCAACAACUACAGAAAUCUUGCAAUUUGAGCUCGGAAGAAUCAAGUAUACAUUCCCAUUGUCAUCUGCAAUGUUCAAAUCAUCACAGAAAAGUUUAAUACCAUUUUGUCCACCUCGUUUAACCGUUGAAAAGAUACAGCCUGUUCACUGGGCUCGUGUACCAAAUGAAUGCCUUCGAACAACUGCUUUAAAAUUAUCGGAUAUUCGAGGUUGGUCAAUACUGUGUGAUGAUCCGUUACAAAUGAUGACGAUCUAUGUGCCCGAAAAAGAUAUGAGUUAUGAUAUCCUUGAAUUGAUCGAACAUAAUGAUUGUCUUACUUUUCAUCGGCAAACUCUAAAUCUUUAUUGCAAGCUUGCUUCAUUUGGUAAUCAAAAAGUCGCGCAUAUAUUAUGUUCUCACGUUGAUGAGGACCAGAUUAUGUAUGCAAUCAAAAGUCAUUACUUAUCCGGGCCUAUGCGUCAAGGAUUUCACGAUUUUCUGAUCGCUGUCCACCUCAAAACUCAUGUGGAUGCUUGUAUGGCAGGGGCGCAUGAAUAUGUUGUUCCAUUAAUAAAAGAAUUGGAGAUGAAAAACGUUUUUAGUUCUGAAGCAGAAGAUCGUUUCCCUCUAAUUUAUGGACGUUGUGUCUCAAUUCGCCCAACGAUGGCUUCUUGUGUAGUCCGUACUGAUUUCAAAAAUGAUACUGAUACGAAACUGCUUGCUCCUACUUUUAAUUUCGAAGCACUCAAAUCCCAUGUGACGUCUUCGUUGAUUAGCGCAACAGAGCAUGCUGUUAUGAACUGUAGGGACUUAAUCGGCGGAUGUAAUAGCAGUCAUUUCGAACCUCUGUUCAAAUUAUUCAAUUCGCUCCUUGUUAUUAAUCUGAUCGAUGAUGAGGAUCUAAAGGAUGUGCUAAAACUGAUUCAUCCAUCAGCUUUUGACGAAACUUAUGCUCCUGGCAAUUAUUUCUUUUUAGGAUCAGCGCGAAAAGGAUUAACAGAAAUCUGGCUGGAUGAAAGCGUCAAGAUUCAAUUUGUUGAAAUUUUAGAUAACAUUUGUGAUAUUCAGUUGCGUCAUCGAGUUGAGUCUCUUAUUGCAUUUGCAGUUGGCUUUGUUAGCGAUUUACAACAAGAUCAGUGCAAAAGAUAUAUGGAAAUAAAGCAGACAGAUAUGCCACCAGCUGAGGCUGCUAAACGCACCAAAGAAUUUCGAUGUCCUCCUAAAGAACAAAUGUUUCGACUUAUAAAAUGUAAGCAUUCAGACAGCGGUGCAGGAAUAAUGCUCGAUGACGAGGUAGAGUAUGAUCAAUGUCCCAUGGAUGAAUCGCUUCAAGAACAAUUGAGGAUAGAAAGUUUAGAGCAUCCAGGCAACUUACCUCCAUCCUCAAGCUAUUCUCUUGCAAAAGGGCUUUAUCCUAAAAGUCAGUGGGGUGAACUCAACCAGAAUAAGAAUACUAUUUUAGAAAAAAUAACAUGUGUUGGUGCUCUUAGUGAACAUUGCAGUGGAGUAGAUGUUCGCGGUAUUUUAGAAUUUACUUGCAAGGGUUUGGCUUGGCGUAUCGUUCUGAGCAUCAGUUCGGUUUCUGUUGCCGACGGAGAAUUCUGUGCAUUGUUGGUAAGCAAGAUCAGAUGUAUAAAAAAUACUGAUGAUGAAAUAUCAGAGGAUAUGAUUCCAUUAGAUGACCAAAAUUCAUGGGUGGACCAAUUGGCUCAACUUGUUAUAAAUGUGCCACCGCCGCCAUUUCAAAAAGACGAUAGGAUCGAACAUAUGGGAUCAGAAAAUUUCAGGCGAAUGGUUUGUAAUAUGUUAAAAUCAUGGGCUACUAGCAGCACAAUUGAGAGCCAAAUUUUGAUUCGAAAAAUGUUCGCCCUUUUGCUGCGACAAUAUAAUGGGGUUGGAGAGAUAAUUACAGCAUUGUCACAAACUUAUGUUCUCCAUGAACGUAACAUAGAGGAUGUUAAGGAUUUCAUCGAGCAUCUCAUUCAAGUGCAUGAAGACGUUAUGACUAUUAUGAUGAAUGUUCUAACUGCUCAACAAGGCACUGUAGAGCACUCCGAUCGUGAUACAUCAGAGGAAAAUUUGGCAAACAAAACAGAUCGGCAAUUGAAUGCAUCUGAAAUGGUUGUGGCUUGUUCACGUUUUUUGUGCUAUUUUUGUCGGACAUCUCGACAAAACCAAAAAGCUAUGUUUGAACACCUUUCAUUUUUGCUUGAUAAUGCUACGAUGUUGCUAGCACGGCCAAGUUUGAGAGGUUCUGUUCCUCUGGAUGUUGCUUAUUCGAGUUUUAUGGACAAUAAUGAACUUGCUCUAGCACUUAAAGAGGAAGAGUUGGAUAAAUUAACCGUCUAUUUAAGUAGAUGUGGUCUGCAGUCAAAUUCUGAGUUAGUUGCCAAAGGCUAUCCAGAUAUUGGUUGGGAUCCAGUGGAAGGUGAACGUUAUCUCGAUUUUCUACGCUUUUGUGUCUGGAUUAAUGGUGAAAGUGUGGAAGAAAACGCUAAUCUUGUUAUACGGCUACUUAUUCGUCGUCCCGAAUGUCUAGGUGUUGCUCUAAAAGGCGAAGGACAAGGUCUUUUCUCUGCUUUUAAGGUCAAGGAAGCUAUUGCUUUGUCUGAAGAUAUACAUGCGCUUGAAGAUGGCGACGAUCCUCAGUUGCUGAGUAGCGCUGUUUUAAGACAACAACAGCAUUACCCAAGCAAAGAAGCUGAAGGUGAGGAUUAUAUCGACCUUGGAGCCGCAACUUUAGAUUUUUAUUCUUCGCUAGUAGAUCUCCUUGCCAAAUGUGCGCCAGAUAGAUUGACGAUACAGGCAGGUAAAGGCGAUAGUGUACGAGCACGAGCAAUUUUACGAUCUCUUAUACCACUUGAUGAUCUCGGUCAGAUCUUGUCAUUAAGAUUUACCAUUCCGAACCUAAUGGCUCAAAAUUCUGCAGAUGAAGGUGAUAAGAGUAAGCUGAUUCGACGACAAUCAUCCGGAGCACAUACGAUUCUAUCGAAUGAUUUGACAAAUAUUAUCGCUGUUUCGGAUGCGAUAAUGCUUCAUUCAGAAAUGGACGAUAAAUUUAUGGAUACUAACAAUGAACUGGGAUCUGAUAAUAGUACUGCCUUUUUGUCGGCUGAUGGAAAUACUCCAAGAAUGGCUAAUACAAGAUUCCGCCUUCUCCGUUCGUCGAAAAUUGCUUCUCCUGAUUCGAAUAAACUUGAUCAAAAGAGUUUAACUGAUGUUGCUAACUAUAAUAAUUCAAAAAUGAUCUUAGAUCCUGGGCCGCGUCCUGGCUUUUUACCAAAUCAUAAACAAUCAGUGUUGCUGUUUUUGGACCGUGUAUAUGGUAUUGACUCACAAGAGAUGUUAUUUCAUUUUCUGGAGAAGAGCUUUUUGCCAGAUUUGAGGGCGUCCACUAUGAUGGAUUCGCCAAAAGCAGUUGAAAGUGAUACUGCACUGGCCUUGAAUCGCUAUUUAUGUAAUGCAGUUCUUCCUCUCCUAACCAAUCAUUCUAGUUUUUUCUCAGACGCUGAACAUCAUGCUGCCCUUUUGGACGCCACUCUGCAUACAGUAUAUCGGAUGAACCGCUUAAAAUCAUUAACAAAGAAUCAACGAGAUGCUGUUUCCGAUUUUCUAGCAGCAAUUACGCGUGAAUUGCCUCCAUCAAUGAUGGUGAAGCUAAUGAGAAAAGUGAUCAUCGAUGUACAGGAAAUGAUUGAACAUUUCAUUGUUCCUUUGAGGAUUAUGACGUUACAUUAUGAAAGAUGUACAAAAUAUUAUGGCUCCGGAAAUGCAUAUGGUGUGGCAUCAGAAACGGAAAAGCGAUUAUCUAUGCUUCUAUUUUAUGCAAUUUUUGAUGCUUUAGGCAGUAUUCCUUAUGAUCCGGAUCUUUUUGGAAAAGCACUUCCUUGUUUAACUGCAAUUGGCUCCGCAAUAUCGCCUGAUUACACAUUGACGACUGGUGGUGAAGAUGCAGAAAUAAUAAAAAUAAGAAAUGACCAAGGCCUGUGGACUCCAAAAGUUGUGGAUGUUUCUAAUUUUGAGCUCAGUGGAAUGCUUAGCAAUAUUACUACACAAUUCGCUGAACAUUUUCAUGAUUCAUGGGCUAGCAGGAAGAUUGAAAAAGGAUGGGUUUAUGGCGAUUUGUAUUCAAGGCAGAGCUUAACCCAUCCUCGUUUAAAGCCAUUUUGUUUGUUAAAAGAAUUCGAAAAAUCAUUCUAUAAAGAAAGAUGCAGUGAAUGUCUAAGGGCUUUAUUGGCGUGGAAUUAUACAAUAGAACUAGUGGACCGUGAUGCCGCUGAAAAAGCGGAACAGAACCACAGUUCAUCAGGAAACUCAAUUCAAAAUUUCAAUCCAAGGCCUGUGGAUUUGUCAAAUAUGACUCUUGAAAAGGAUAUGAUGAAUGUGGCGGAAAAAAUGGCUGAGCAUUCCCAUAACAUUUGGGCUAAACGAGUCUUUUCUGAUCUAAAGACUAAAGGUGGGAAUAUGCCUGCUCAACUCGUGCCGUGGGAUUUGUUAACAGAUUACGAACGUCGAAAAGACCGGUUUCGAGCAGUGGAAAUACUCAAAUUUUUGCAAUAUCAUGGUUAUCGAGUUUCAAGCUCGCAAAAUGUUGAACCAGCUGCAGAACGAGUUAAGGCAGAAAGUGAAAGAGGAUCAGUUGAAAAAAGAUUUGCAUAUAAUUUGUUAGAAAAGCUUACGCAGUAUUUAGAACAAGCUUCUGUUAAAAUGAAGACAAUAAAGCCCAGCCAAGAAUUGAGCCGACGUAACAGUUUUCAGAAAGAAGGUCAUGACGUAAAAUUCUUUGAAAAGGUUGUGCUUCACCUUAUUCAUGCUUAUUUCAAUGCCCACAGAAAUUAUUUCCUUGCAAGCAGUAGUAUUGUUCAAACGGGAAUGGCUUCGAACAAAGAAAAGGAGAUGGUGGCCAAUUUAUUUUGCCGACUCGCUUUUCUUCUUCGAAUCAAGAAUCAUGCAUUCGGUAGUGUGGCAAAAGUCGCAGUACGUUGUCUACAAGUGCUAACUCGUGCGUUAGAUCUUCGAACUUUGGUGAAAAUCAAUUCGGAUAUUGUGCGAACAAGUUUAUUAACAUUCUUCAAUAACUGUGCUGAUGAUUUAUAUUUGGCUGUGAAAGAACUUCAGAAUGGUGGCCAAUAUUCGUUAUUGAGAGGCGAAAAUCUCACAUCAUGGAUGUCGCUCGAAUUCGCCAAUCAAGUGAACAUUCCAGUUCUGACCACAAUGUUCUUUCACUUAUCUGCCAAUCAUUUUGGCACUGAUCUCUUACUAGAUGACAUUCAGGCAGCUUGUUAUAAGAUCCUUGAUAGUGCAUAUCUUUUGAAUGGACUUGGUUCAGAACCACCGCAAGUGCAUCACCGCAAGUCAAUUGCUUAUGAAACGGAAAAACACCGACCUGCGCUUGGUCAAUGUCUUAGUGCUUUUGCUAGCUGUUUUCCAAUUGCAUUUCUCGAAGCAGAAUUUAACAAAUAUAACAAAUAUUCGGUGCUGGCGAAGACUCAAGAUCAAUCAGUACAAGUCCAAGAAAUGCUGCAAAAUCUAGCAGCACAUAUCCCGAAAUUGGAAAAACUACUUGCUGAUAUAGAAGAAGUUAGUACCAAUGGUGUGAUGUAUAAAGAUCAACCAAAUAUAUACGAUGUUGAUCUACCAUUGAUAUGUGCUUAUCUGACUUAUUGGUGGCAACUUGGGCCAGAUGGUACUGGCAAAACUAGUCAACUGACAACAAGCGUUACUAGUGAUCAUAUCAAUCGUGUAUUUUGUGCUCUUCUUACUCUGAUCUGUAAUCAUGUUGGUGUAGAAAAUGCCUCUUGGCUAUGUCGAAUCAAUACAUUUUCUGUACAGGUUGUACAAUAUGUGAGCUGUGAUCCGAUAAAGGAUUAUAUGCUACCAGUUGCUGAGCGUUUAAGGCGCUUGGCUGAAAAAGCAUUUAAAGAUGAGGAGCAUAUGAGGACACAUCCUGACGAUGCAGAUGAAGGGACUGUUGUUGAGGACAAUGCACGUUUAGUGCGCGAUGUUUAUGCUUUCUUCCCUAUUCUUAUGAAAUAUUGUGAUUUACACCGUGCACAGUGGCUGAAAACUCCAUCAUGGGAAACGGAUGGUAUUUAUGAGAAUGUCGCGGUUAUUUUCAAAAUUUGGUCUUUGUCACAACAUUUUAAACGUGAGGAGCUGAAUUUCAUGGCACAGUAUGAAGGUGAAUCAUUUUCGGCUGCAACUGGAGAAAUGAAAACGGGUAAAGCUGCUAUUGCAGAACGUAAAAAGAAGCGUCGAGAAGGACAGGUUCGAAAAGAUAAGCAUGCGAAUUCAAUCAUAAUAGCUUGCUUGAAACGAUUAUUACCAGUUGGCUUGAAUGUAUUUGGUGGACGUGAAUUAGAUAUCGUGCAACAAACCAAAGAAAAGUUUUUGGCGAAAGAAAAUGAAGAUAAAAUCCGCGAAUUCGUUCGUUCCCUUCUUGAAAUACCCGUUAAGACCGAUCCAACGGAUAAAAAUGCAUGGCAGUUAAGUUUGUAUCGUAAAAUUGGAAAGUCACAAAUGCGUGGUAAUGAAGCUAUGACUCAAGAUGCAAUCGUUGAAAAAAUCACUAAUAUGGGUCAAGUAGUUGCCAUUCUUCACAUUACGGAGCAUUCAUCAACGUCGCUAAAGAGUGCGUGGAAGACGAUGUUGUCAACUCAGCGUAAACGGGCCGUCGUCGCUUGUUUCCGAAUGAUACCCCUUCACAGUGUCCCAAGGCUUGAUCAUUUAAAAAGAAUGAAUGUUAAGUUCAGGGUGACAAGCAAACUUGAGAAGGAGGAUCGUUGGAAGAAGGUAAUAUCGCUUCAGCGGAAGCGUUUGGCCAUCAGCUUAAUAACAGCCAGUCAUCUGUACAGGGUAGACAAGCAUCGUGCAGUCAAUUACUUUUUACCCGCUUUCAGCAAGCUAUGGUUGGAGGAUGAUAAUAUUGGUCAAGACGCAUUAAUUACUGAGAUUACGAACACUGAAGAUGAGGAAGAUGUUCCACACACAAAUCUGGAUGAUGAAUUAUUUAGCGAAGAUUUUCGUGAUGACAAGAAUGCGGUAACACGUGCAGACCCUUUGAAGCAACUGAUUCAAUGCUUCCAACGAGCAGCAACAAGUGAGCAAAGUCAAGUAGCUUCAAUUGCAAAUGAUACUCUCUUCGUUAAUUUCGCUCGUGUUAUGUCCAAAUCAAUUCAUAUAGAAGAUGAAGAUGGCGAUGGUGACGAUGAAGGCGAACUUGAUCAAGCUCAAAAAGAGGAAAUAUCGCAGGCACUUCGAGCUGAGCAGGCAAUCUUAGCUGAUCGUGGGGCAGCAAUAAUGUGCUUAAUGUAUUUGUCAGCAAGUAAUGGAGAGCCAAGUGAGAUGGUUGCUGAGACAUUACAACUGGGAAUUCAUUUGCUAAGUGGAGGCAACAUUCAUAUUCAAAAACUUCUUAUUGAAUACUUACAACUAAAGAAGGAUGUAAGGUUCUUUACGUCUUUGGCUGGUCUCAUGAAUAAAUGUAGUGUGCUUAAUCUGGAAAUGUUCGAACGUCAAAUCAAGGCAGAAGGUUUGGGCAUGCGGGCUGAAUUGGCAGCUGGUGGCAAUCAGAAUUUGAAUGAUGCAGAUUUUACUUGCAGUUUAUUUCGCUUUUUGCAACUUACGUGUGAAGGCCAUAAUUUAGAAUUUCAAAAUUAUUUACGAACCCAGCCAGGCCAUACCACUAGUAUCAAUCUGAUUAAUUCAACAGUGGAUUAUUUGCUUCGAUUACAAGAAUCUGUUAUGGAUUUCUAUUGGCAUUACUCUAGUAAAGAAGUAAUUGACGAAGGAGGAAAAGAGUAUUUCCUACGUGCUAUUCGAGUUUGCAGUCAAGUUUUUAAUACACUCACUGAGAGUAUCCAGGGGCCUUGUGUCGGCAAUCAAAUGACAUUGGCCAAUUCACGAUUGUGGGAUGCAAUUAAUGGUUUCUUCUUUCUUUUUGCGCAUAUGAUGGAAAAAUUAUACAAGAACAGCACUCAACUUGAACUGCUUCGUGAAUUUCUCAACCUUCAAAAAGAUAUGAUUGUUUUGAUGCUUUCCAUGCUUGAAGGUAAUGUUCUCAACGGACCAAUUGGCAAACAAAUGGUCGAUGCACUAGUUGAAAGUCAGCAAUGUGUUGAAAUGAUUUUAAAGUUUUCGGAUAUGUUCCUCAAGCUCAAAGAUCUCACUACUUCCCAAGCUUUCCAAGAUUUUGACACCAAUCGAGAUGGUUGGAUUUCUCCAAAAGAGUUUCAAAGAGCAAUGGAAAGUCAAAAGAUGUAUAGUGUUGAGGAAAUAACUUACUUAAUGAUGUGUACUGACGUGAAUAACGAUGGUAAAGUUGACUACAUGGAAUUCACGGAGCGUUUCCACAAUCCGGCUCGAGACAUUGGCUUCAAUUUGGCAGUAUUGUUAAUAAAUCUCAAAGAACAUAUCACAAACGAUCCUCGUCUUGAGAAGAUCAUUGAAAAAGCGAGCACAUUAUUAGAAUAUUUCGAUCCUUUUCUUGGUCGCAUCGAAAUAAUGGGCUCGAGCAAAAGGGUGGAAAAAAUUUACUUUGAAAUUCAAGAAUCAUGGCUUGAACAGUGGAGCAAACAACAAAUUAGGGAUUCCAAGAACUCAUUCUUAUUCAAUGUAUUACAAGAUGAUGGUGGAGACCAAGGAAAACUGGAGGCUUUCAUAAAUUUUUGCGAAGAUACUAUUUUCGAAAUGCAACAUGCGGCAGAAAUAAGCGCAGGUGACUCGGCUGACUCAAAAAUGGAAAGAGCACUCAAGCAGAGGGAAUAUUUCUUGCAACAAACAUCUGCUGGCGCUCAGAUUUCUGCAACCUUUAAAACAGGAUUUAACUAUGGCUUGAAUGCAGCUACAGCUUUAAAACCAUCACAUAUGAUAUUUAAAUCAUCUCAAAAAAUUGCCUUGUUUUUAUAUUUGGUUAUUUGUACGUUAUUCCGUUUCGGUUACUAUUUAAUGACACCGGAGAAGGAUGACGAAACUGGUCAAACUCCAUUACCAAUCGCUGAAAGCAUGACAACACGCUUUCAAACUGUGCACCCAAAUGACAUACCAUCAUUUCGCUAUCAUCAUCAUCAUGAUUUCGACGUCUUUGGUGUUCAUUUACAUACAGAUGACACAGUAGUUCCUCCUACUCCAACAUUUGGUGAUGUAACUUCAGCCCCAAAUUUUCCUACGGCUGCCACAGAGACCGUGAAAGUCCAAACGACUGCAGCUGCCCCAGCUUCUCCAAGCAUAUACGAAGCACAGAGCGUGGUUGGAUCUGGUCAAUACGGUAUAGUAGCCAGUCAUGCUGCAUCAGAGUUUAGCGAAACUUCUGGUUAUUAUGAGCCAAAAAUUGCUGAGCAAAGUCUAAUCAGGAAUAAAGGAUCGAUCUUAAAUGUAUUAGCACGCAAUUUCAAGACAAUUGAGAAGACGACCUUGUAUCUUGCAUUCUUUAUCAAUGUUAUUUUGCUAUUUCAUCGAGUAAAUAUCACGUCUGGCUCAGCUGCUGACAAUAAUGGCGGUGAAGAAGAGGAAGGAAAGGAAACGGUUUAUAUUACCGGUAUGGUGGUUCCUUAUAUUGCUUAUGAAAUAACUGGUUGGACAUUGUCCCAGCUUCUAUACUGGAUAAGCGUACUACAUGCACUUGCAUCUUUUGCUCUUCUCGUAUCAUUUUAUCAGCUGAAGGUAAUCCCUUUAAUUACAUUCAAACGUGAAAAAGAAGUAGCUAGGCGCUUGAUGUUUGAUGGUUGUUGGAUCACCGAAGAAGAUGAGGAAGAAAGAAGUUUGGUAGACUCCGUCAUGUGGUACCUCGACCGCAUUGUAAUCAGUUCAAAGUCAUUCCCGAUGAAAUAUUGGGACAAAUUCGUCCGUCGAAAGACGCGACAAAAAUUCCGUGAACAAAUUGAUGAGGAAACAUUAAAUGCAAUACUAGGUGAAGAUAAAUCGGCUGGAGAUAAUUCAUUCGACUAUCGCUAUACUUGUUGGUUAUGGCUUGGUGUAAUAUUGACCAAUGGUCAGUUCCUCUAUAGAGUUAAUUACUUGUUCUGCUCUGCAUGUGGAGUAUUCUUCUCACCAUUUUUCUAUGCAUUUCAUCUGAUCGACGUAGUGCUUUCUUUCCCUAUGUUAAAAGCAAUUCUACAGUCAGUUACUCACAAUCUACAACAGUUGAUCCUUACAAUUAUGAUGACUCUCGUUGUUGUAUACUUGUACACUGUGGUUGCAUUCAAUUUUUUCCGGAAGUUUUAUAUACAAGAAGGAGAAGAAGGAGAGGAACCUGACAGAAAGUGUCACAAUAUGCUAACUUGCUUUAUAUUCCAUUUCUACGCGGGUGUACGAGCAGGUGGUGGUAUUGGUGAUGAACUUGAAUCGCCAUAUGGUGAUGACCUCGAAUAUCCUCGUAUGCUUUACGACAUUUCAUUCUUCUUCUUCGUCAUCGUUAUUCUUCUCGCUAUUAUGCAAGGUUUGAUCAUUGAUGCCUUUGGCGAACUACGUGACCAGCAAGAAUCUGCAACUGAAAAACUGGAAUCUUCUUGUUUCAUCUGUGAUAUUGGCAAGGAAACGUUUGACCGUAUGCCAAGAGGAUUUGAAAUUCAUACGACUAAAGAACAUAAUUUCGCUAAUUAUUUAUUCUUCUUGCAACAUUUAGUAAACAAGGAUGAAACGGAAUAUACAGGUCAAGAAACAUACGUAAGAGAGAAGUAUGAUAAUCGUGACUGGGAAUUCUUUCCAGUUGGCGAAUGUUUCGUGAAACAAUAUGAAGAUCAACUACUACAGUCCUGA